GUUCGCAAGUGACGUGGCAGCCAUAUUGGGAUAGGAAGUGUACCGGUUCAUUCAUAACUUUACUCUGAUUUCCGUGGUUCUGCUGUAAAUUUCGGAGGCUAGUUCGGCCUGACGAAAGAAAUCAUGUUGACAAAGUUCGAGACUAAGUCCGCUCGAGUGAAAGGAUUGUCGUUUCAUCCAAAAAGACCGUGGAUAUUAACUAGUUUACAUAAUGGAAUUAUUCAACUGUGGGAUUAUCGUAUGUGUACUCUAUUAGACAAAUUUGAUGAGCAUGAUGGUCCAGUACGUGGUAUUUGUUUUCACAACCAACAGCCAUUGUUUGUCUCUGGUGGUGAUGACUACAAGAUAAAAGUCUGGAACUACAAACUACGAAGAUGUCUCUUUACCUUACUUGGACAUUUAGAUUAUAUUAGAACUACUUAUUUUCAUCAUGAAUACCCUUGGAUACUGAGUGCUUCUGAUGACCAGACAAUUCGAAUCUGGAACUGGCAAAGCAGAAACUGUAUUUGUGUUCUGACUGGUCAUAAUCACUAUGUAAUGUGCGCUAACUUUCAUCCUGCUGAAGAUCUGGUUGUAUCGGCAUCGCUAGAUCAAACCGUACGAGUUUGGGAUAUUUCAGGGUUGAGAAAGAAGAAUGUAGCGCCAGGUCCAGGCGGAUUAGAUGAUCAUCUCAAGACGCCAGGGCAGAUGGAUUUGUUUGGCUCCUCGGAUGCUGUGGUCAAACACGUACUGGAAGGUCAUGACAGAGGUGUUAAUUGGGUGUCAUUCCAUCCCACGAUGCCGUUGAUCGUAUCCGGUGCUGAUGAUAGAUACAUUAAACUAUGGAGAAUGAACGACGCUAAGGCUUGGGAGGUGGACACAUGCCGUGGUCAUUACAACAAUGUAUCUUGUGUUAUAUUUCAUCCGAGACAAGAAUUGAUCAUCAGUAACUCAGAGGAUAAGAGCAUUAGAGUCUGGGAUAUGUCCAAACGGACUGGUAUCCACACAUUCCGUCGUGAACACGAUAGAUUCUGGAUCAUUACGGGCCACCCUACUUUGAAUUUAUUUGCAGCUGGGCACGACAGUGGUAUGAUUAUAUUUAAAUUGGAACGUGAACGCCCGGCCCAUGCUGUGCACGGCAAUCUGUUGUACUAUGUGAAAGAUCGUUAUUUGCGUAAACUGGAUUUCACCACUUCUAAGGACGUUCCUGUCAUGCAGCUGAGAGGGGGUACGAAGACGGCCCCGUACAGCAUGUCGUACAACCCCGCUGAGAACUCAGUGCUUCUUUGUAAUAGAGCCAGUAACAUAGACAACAGUACCUAUGACUUGUACAGUAUUCCUAAAGACUCUGACUCGCAGAAUCCUGAUGCCCCCGAAGGUAAGAGGUCAUCGGGACUGACCAGUGUGUGGGUUGCCAGAAAUCGAUUUGCAGUAUUAGAUCGAACACACACGUUGCUGAUUAAAAACAUGAAAAACGAAAUCACCAAGAAGAUCCAAGCAGCGUCAUGUGACGAGAUUUUCUACGCUGGUACCGGUACGCUGCUCCUUAGGGAGAGUGACUCUGUCACUCUUUUUGAUGUACAGCAGAAGAGAAAUCUGGGAUCUGUCAAAAUAUCCAAGGUCAAAUAUGUCAUCUGGUCACCUGAUAUGUCACAUGUUGCUUUGAUCAGCAAGCACAUAAUUUCUGUUUGUAAUCGUAAACUUGAAAACCUGUGCACAGUUCAUGAAAACAUCCGUAUUAAAAGUGGUGCUUGGGACGACAGCGGUGUCUUUAUAUACACGACUAGUAAUCAUAUUAAGUACGCUAUAACUAAUGGGGAUCACGGUAUCAUUCGCACGCUAGACUUACCAAUCUACAUCACACGAGUCAAGGGACAGAGCGUCUACUGCUUGGAUCGGGAAUGCCGCCCUCGCGUGUUAGGUAUUGACCCAACUGAAUUCCGCUUUAAGUUGGCACUGAUCAACCGCAAAUAUGAUGAAGUCUUGCAUAUGGUACGCAAUGCGAAAUUGGUCGGACAAUCGAUUAUCGCAUACUUGCAGAAGAAAGGUUAUCCUGAGGUGGCUUUGCAUUUCGUUAAGGAUGAGAAGACGAGAUUUGCUCUGGCUUUAGAAUGCGGCAACAUUGAGGUUGCCUUGGAAGCUGCCAGGGCUCUGGAUGACAAGAACUGUUGGGAGAAACUUGGUGAAGUAGCUUUACUGCAGGGCAACCACCAGAUUGUAGAAAUGGCGUACCAGAGAACAAAGAAUUUUGACAAGUUAUCAUUCUUGUAUCUGAUAACCGGCAAUCUUGAAAAAUUGAAGAAAAUGAUGAAAAUUGCUGAGAUUCGUAAAGACACAGGUGGUCAAUAUCAGAACGCACUGUACCUUGGUGACGUGUCCGAGAGAGUCAGAAUACUAAAAGGUUGUGGACAAAAGGCAUUGGCAUACCUAACUGCAGCUACUCAUGGUCUUGACGAAGAAGCUGCACACCUGCAAGAAAUGUUUGAUCCUGAGAAAGAAAGGUUACCGGAAGUGAAUCCCAACGCCAGAUUACUGCAACCCCCGCCACCAAUAAUGCAGUCCGAAGACAACUGGCCGCUGUUAACCGUCACCAAAGGAUUCUUUGAGGGCGCUAUGACCAAAGGGAAGACAUCAAUGGCUGCCACUGAAAUUAUCGCAGAUGAAGGCGGCGAAGGAUGGGGUGAUGACGCUGAGCUUGUACUUGAUGAAGGCGGUGGUUUUGAUGACGAGGGAAUGAUUGGUAUCGAUGACGAAGGUGGCGAUGAAGAGGGUGGUGGAUGGGAUGUCGGUGAUGAUGAUUUGGAAUUACCAGCAGACUUGGACAUAGGUCCAGUACCGACUGGUGGAGAUGAAGGAUACUAUGUACCACCUACGAAAGGGACAAGCCAGAGUCAGGUUUGGUGUAAUAAUUCUCAGCUUGCCGUGGAUCAUAUCUUAGCGGGAUCAUUUGAGACUGCCACCAGGUUGCUGUACGACCAAGUCGGUAUUGUGGAUUUCACAACAUAUAAACAGUUAUUCAUGUCAGCUUAUUCAAGAGCACGAACAGCCUAUAUCGCUUUACCUGCACUGCCGAGUAUGUUUGGAAAUCCACACAGAAACUGGCGAGAGGCUGGUGCCCGUGGUGGCGUGCCUGCAGUAGGUUUGAAAUUGAACCAUCUUGUGCAGCGACUACAAUUAGCGUACCAAAUGACAACGCAAGGCAAAUUUGUUGAAGCCACCGAACGUUUCCGUAGUAUAUUGCUUAGUGUUCCCCUUUUAGUCGUCGAUAAUAAACAAGAAAUUGCUGAGGCCCAACAGCUGAUUACCAUUUGUAGAGAAUAUAUCGUAGGGUUGACAAUGGAACAGAAAAGAAAAGAAUUGCCCAAGAGUUCCCUGGAAGACCAAAAAAGAAACUGUGAGAUGGCCGCUUAUUUCACUCACUGUAAUACACAACCUAUUCAUCACAUGUUGACGUUACGUACCGCUCUAAAUCUGUUCUUCAAACUGAAGAACUAUAAGACAGCCGCAUCGUUUGCACGUAGACUACUCGAAACAGGACCCAAACCUGAUGUUGCGCAACAGACUCGUAAGAUUUUACAAGUUUGUGAAAAGAACCCAACUGAUGCGCAUAAAUUAAAUUAUGAUGAACACAAUCCAUUUGACAUCUGUGGAGCUACGUACAAACCUAUUUACAGGGGAAAGCCAGUCGAGAAGUGUCCGCUUAGUGGAACGUGUUACUUGCCAGAGUUCAAAGGUCAAAUAUGCCGAGUUACACAAUGUACAGAAAUUGGCAAAGAUACCAUCGGUCUCAGGAUCAGCCCGAUUCAGUUCCGAUAAAAGUAGCAUCGUAGCAACUCUUCAAAACUUCCAGUAUUUUUAACCAGAAGCUAUCUAACUUAACAAGGAUAGAAUGGUACCAUUAUUUGCCAUGUUUUGUGGGGGGGCGGGGAGAGAGGGAGGGGUGUUAUUGUUCGGCAAAUUUUAUCUGCAAACAAUAGAAAUGAAUUGUAUAAUUUAAUUGUUAAACAAAUCAAACCACGUACUUGGAGGGAGACGUUCUGCGUAUCAUUUCAGGCAGUAUUAAAAACCUAAAUCUGGAUAAAUCACAGCUUCAAGUUGACAUCCAUAUAAAUUGUACUCUGUAUGCUAUCCAAGAGCGUUGAACGUCAUGUGUAAAUGACAUUGAUGUGUAACAAUCCGUGAUAGACUGCUCAGCUUUUAGCAAUCAAUUCAUAUACUGUUGAAUACUUUAUUUUCGCUUGGAAUUAAUUUUCGCUAUUUUUGCUGAAGGAAUGAUUCAGUGAAAAUAAAAUCCAGCGAAUAUACCUUUUUUCCUAUCUUUUACAUUCAACUCCCCAAAAAUCAGUGAAAAUAAAUUCCAUAUAACACACCUAAAAAGUCUUUUCAGCGAAAAUAAAUUCCAGUGAAAAUAAAGUAUUUUACAGUAUUGCAAAUAUGAGGGAAUUUGAUAAUGUAUACAAAAAUAACAAUGUGAUUUUCUCCCGCCAGUGUUGAAAUUCUGAUGGGGGGGCCCUUCGUCGUUACCAUGUCUGUCUGUUCUAUCGAUAACUCAAUCUCCAAUCUCUGAUCACAAUCAUAAACGACAAAAUAGGUACUCUGAAAAAACUGACGCUCUACGGCUUUCGAGUGCCCCGCACAAACGUAACAUCCUUAGCAGCAUUUAGCAAUUGUAUUUUAUUGUCUGUCAGUCUGGUUACUUUGUUACAGAAAUUUGUAUUAUUCAUCCACAUCGCCAACCCCAUUUCAACCCUUGCUCAAUAUGCUCGAGAGGUACUGUUUGAUAUGUAGGUGGUUAUUUCCAUAAGCUUAAUUGGACUUAUUUUGAACCAUUGUACAUACAGAAUACAUGUUCAUUUUCUUCUUUCAAGCUAUAAUUUGUUUUUGAUUGCAUGAGUGUCUUCUACUUCUGUUUAAAAAAAAAACCAUUUUCAGUUAAAAUUGUCGAAAUUAUUACUACCUUAUGAUGGCGCUGUUCUGUUGGUAGUAAAGUCAGGGUCAUAGGUCAAUAGAUAAGAAGAUGUUUGAAUUAUCUUUUUCUCCUGUCAAGAUCAUGUAGAUACAUUUUUGCCAUAAAACUGAACAAACGACCUUAAACGACCUGUCACAUGCAAAAAUUUCUGUGUUGUGCAUUUAUUUAUCCUUUCAUGCUAAGUCAUUUCUGGAUCACGAUUGGCUGAUGUGUUUUGUAUCCAAGCAUGUUAUUGGCUACUUUGAAGAUACUGAAUACUUUUUAGCCAAUUAUAAUCACCGACUCUGGUUUCUUUCAAUGUUGGGGAUAUUCCAUUGUAUUUUAGGUAAGGAAUUGUAUGAGGGGUCAUGGGAGUGAACCUCAUAAUUAAAUGGUUGCUUCUUCAGACUUGUUGUCAUUGUUUUUAUGAAAUUUCAAACUCAGUAAUGGUUUGUAUGGAAAAUAUUUAGCCAUGGAAAAUUUUUUUUGGUGAUGAUAAUGAUACGUUUAAAGUGUACAAAUGAAAUAAAUGCUUCUGUACUAUGUGAAAGAAAA